AUGCCCCAGACCAACCCCCAACAAUCAUCAACAGCUUCUAGAACUGGUUCCUUGCGCCCUUUGUUACCAGCAGAAAAAGGAUCACAGCCGCCGCCGCCCCCUCAAAAGCGCACUAUAACACAGCGUAGGCUCAAUCCUGUCUUGGCUGCUUGCGAGCCAUGCCGUAAAUACAAGGUCAAGUGUUCUGGAGAGAGGCCAGCAUGUCGUCGCUGUCUUCAGCGCAGACUCGCCUGCUUCUUUGUUGCGCGACCAGGCGAAACUCGAUCACAGGCACUAAACCGAUGUACUCACGAGACCAGCGAGGGCUCGAGUCAACGCUCACGUGUCUACGAGGAACUCGUCGGGCUGCUGAAGAACUUGCCCGACCAGGAUGCCCAGGCCAUCCUGCAAAGGCUCAGGUCCGGGACGGACGCCGCAUCAGUUGUCAAUCAGGCUAGAGUAGGCAAUGUGUUGCUUCAGAUGGCCGUCGUUCCCGAGACACGAUUACGAUAUGAGUUCCCGUACAGAUCAGAAAUGCCCAAAGAGUUUGAGCUCAACAAUCCUUAUCUGAACUCAAUGUUGUAUGAAACAGCCUCUCUCUAUUCUCAACACCAGACUUCAGGGACGAUCCUACCCGGACAUCUCGCCAGUCUGGGUUCCGAAGAGCAGAGAAGCCCUUACUUGAAGCCCUUUCACGCAGCGCAAGUAUUCGAUCCUCUGCUUUCUGAUGUCAAAGUCUCUGCGUGGACCAGCGUUUGUGACGACGACAAUCUCAUGCGAGACCUUUUAACUCUACUUUUCCGUUGCGACAACCGCGUCGAGUAUUGGAAUCCGAACACUCUUGCCUAUCGCUUCAUUGCCGAGGCCAAGCGACUAUGGGAGCUGGAGGCUUCUAUCCCGCGUAUGACUACCAUUCAGGCAGGUAUCCUUUUCAGCGUGUUUCAUAAUCUUUGUGGGUUAGACGAAGUCGGGAAACCUUAUAGAGUGCAUGCUGUGGCGUUGGCAAACCAGCUUCGCAUCUUCGACACCAUCGACGUUGAUCAGAGCAAGAGGAUACAGAGAGGCACUCAAAACCUGGCAUGGGCUAUGUACAACUGGGAAACGAGUCUCUCUGCUUUCUCGUUUAUGCUAUCGCCGCUCAUCAAGAAGCCACCAAAAUGGCCGCUUCCAGAUCCUUCAGAAGACCCGUCGUGGUAUGGCGAAAUAUGGGUUAAAUACCCAUUGAAUCACGGGCUUUCAUCCAUGUGUUUUGCAAAAGUUAUCCAUGCUCGAAGCCGGUUCCGGAUCAUCAUGAAUGAUUAUUGUGACGCAGCAUACUCAGAAGGUUCCAAGGUAGGGGUUAGCCUGGCCUAUCAGUUUCGCGAAAGGCUGGAGGAAUGGUACGAAAACCUGCCCGCAUCUCUUACUCCUAGGAGAAUUGUUCUUCCUGGGCAGCUACAGCUACAUAUGUACUAUCAUCACCUACUAUUGACGAUCUUCGAGCCUCUUCACGAUGCAGAAACGACUCGAGAGCCGUCUCCGCAGCGUAUAGUAGCUGACUCCAAGAAGAACAUGCAGACACUUGUCAGGCUGUACUACCUCCGACACGGAUUCGAAGCAAUGGACCUCUUCAUCGUCAUCCCAUUGAUGGUGAUGGGUUAUGAUAGUAUAGAUGCCAUCAAGGAAGAUACACCGGCAGAAGAAAUUGAGCUGCUGCGAUCAACUCUCAUUCUGAUAGCCCAAGGCCUCUACUACCAACGAAGAAACCACUACCUGGCGCAAGCACUCUUUAGAGUCAUCCGAGGCAAAAUGCGCCCCCAGGAGAUUGGCUUGCUGAAGAAUUCCAUGGCGCUGGAUAGAUACGAGGCUGAUCCAGAGCCGAAGAUGGCAGUGGCUGUUCGAAGUCAUUGGCCAGUGAGCGUUGUUAAGAAGCAUGAGGACAUGGAGUCACACAUCCUGACCAAUCUCGUGGAGAACUUUGGUCAUGUCAAUGUUGAGGAAAUCCUAUGA